ACAAGGCUGAACUAUUGUUUACGCAAACAGAUGAAAUCCGAAGGCCAAAAUCACUAUAUUCUUUCUCUGUUUUUUAUUCUUGCAGUUUGGAUGUCUAAAGUAAUGUCUCGGACCCUCCAAGAGGCAUCCUUAUCAGAAAAAUAUGAACAAUGGAUUGCAAGAUAUGGUAAGGUCUACAUGGAUGCUGAAGAGAAGCGGAAACGCUUUCUGAUAUUCAAGAACAGCUUGGAGUUUAUCGAGUCUUUCAAUGCUGCUGGGAACAAACCCUACCAGCUUAGCAUUAAUCAAUUUGCUGAUCAAACCAAUGAAGAAUUUAAAGCUGCCCAUAACGGCUACAAGAGGUCCCAAGGGCUGAGGACCAUGAGUGAAACAUCAUUUAGUUACAAGAAUGUUACUCAUGUUCCUGCUUCUGUGGACUGGAGGAAAAAAGGUGCUGUCACUCCAGUCAAGGCACAAGGCUUAUGUGGUGGUUGGGCAUUUUCAAGUGUAGCAGCAACUGAGGGAAUUCACCAAAUAACUACAGGAAAACUAGUGUCCCUCUCAGUGCAGGAGGUGAUAGACUGUGAUAAAGUUAUUGGCGAAGGUUGUGUGGGAGGUUCAAUAGAAGAUGGCUUUGAAUUUAUCAUAAAAAAUGGAGGAAUUACAAGUGAGGCAAACUACCCCUACAAGGGGGUUGAAGCCACUUGUGAAACUAAAAAGGAAGCCUCUCAUGUAGCCAAGAUUAAGGGCUAUGAGAAUGUACCUGCCAAUAAUGAAGAGGCACUAUUGAAGGCUGUCGCUGGCCAACCUGUGUCAGCCGCCAUUGAUGCUGGAGAAUCUUCUUUCCAAUUUUACUCUAGUGGAGUUUUCACUGGAGAUUGUGGUACAGAGUUAGACCUUGGUGUAGCAGUUGUUGGUUAUGGCCUUGCUGACAAUGGGAUUGAAUAUUGGCUACUAAAGAACUCAUGGGGAACUGAAUGGGGUGAGCAAGGGUAUAUGAGGAUGAAGAGAAAUAUAACUGCCAAAGAGGGAUUAUGUGGUAUUGCUAUGGAUGCCUCUUAUCCAACUGAUUAA